UCUGGAUGAAUUUUACUUAUGAUAAAUACUAUAAUUAUGUUUUUCUUAUUAUAUUUUCUAGUAUAGGAACACUAAAAAAUCCCUAGUCUCAAGAAAGCCAAAAAGAAAAGAAAUUUCAUCACCAAGAUUUUUAGUGUAUUGGUGGGAUCCCAACUCUAUUCGAAUAUUUUAUCAUGUAGUGCUUCUCAUAAUAUGUUAACAUCAUAUAAACCCAUUCUGUUUGUGAAUGCAAUUUGGGAUUCUUGUUCAGGGUCUACCUCUAAGCCUUAAGAUACCACCACAGGGAAGGGAAGUAGAAAAAAGUAAACCAGAUAGUUAUCUUUGUAAAGACCCAGAAGAGCUUAUUUCAUGUGCAAAACAGGACUGGGGUUGUUUGUUUUCGGUUGGCCUCUUUAGUAGGGGUUAAUCAAAUUUGGACGGAGAAGGCAAUAGCACCCUGCUCCAGUAUCUUGCUUGGAAAAUCCCAUGGGCAGAGGAGCCUGGUGGGCUGCAGUGCAUGGGGUUGCGAAGAGUCGGACACGACUGAGCGACUUCACUUUCACUUUUCACUUUCAUGCAUUGGAGAAGGAAAUGGCAACCCACUCCAGUGUUCUUGCCUGGAGAAUCCCAGGGACGGGGGAGCCUGGUGGGUUGCCAUCUAUGCGGUCUCACAGAGUCGGACACAACUGAAACGACUUAGCAGCAGCAGCAGCAGCAAUCAAAUGUGGAACAGGGAAGUUUAUCAUUUGGGUAAUACGUUCAAGAGGCCAGGCUUGACAGAGAGUUGCCCAGAAGGUGAAUUCUGUUUCUAAACAGUAGAACCCCCAAAAUGUAAAAAACCUAUCUCUUUAGGUCUCCACUCAUCCUUGGGUCUCAAGUUAAAAAGCUACUGCUUCCUUAGAGAAAAUUUCCUGACCAAAUUGCUUCCUAAUAUCUACUUCCACCUGCCUUAAUCAAAGUCAGUCCCUCUUAAUACAUAAUUUUCAUUCCAUUUUGUACUUUUGCCAGUUUACUGUUUGUCUUAGCUCUAAUUAAUUUGUAGUUACUUGUUUAAUGUCUGUUUUUGACUGUAAACUUGAUGAGGGCAGGGACCUUGUCUGUCUAAUUUGAAGCUACAUUCCUCGAGCCUAGCACAGUGCCUGGUACUCAGCAGAAUUCAAUGAAUAUUUGUUGAAUUAAAUAGUGAAUUGCAAUUGGAUGAAUUUUACAUAUGCCAGUGCCAAGAUCAAAACAAAAUUAAUAAUCCAGAUUUCUUUUAAGAGAAUUAUAGUUUUUGUGAUGAUACCUGCCCAAGAAAGAGGGCCUGAAUAUCUAUGCAGACCACACUUCUGGGUCACAGUUGUAGACUCACCACAUUCAGAGUCACGUAUAGCAAACAAUGAAGCAUUUUCAGAAGUGAAAUGGUGCUUUCAUACUACAGCUGGGCACCAAGUGAGACCAUGCUGGACUAUGUCAGGGUCCCUCCCUGUAAUCCUAAUACACCAUAAAUGGAUUAGUGACGGCAGUGAUACAGUCACCUCUGGUCACCUGUCCUCUUUCUGACUAACCAUACGUCUCCCUGAGGAAUCAUUGGUUCAACUCACCAGGAUCUCUGCCUUUAAGAAGUUCAGUUGAGUGGUCUUUGAAACCACAGAAGCACUCAUUAAGAGAGCAACACUGGGUCUCCAUCGGCUGCCAUGAGCGAGUGCCUCCGCCCCAGAAAAAGGAGAAGGAAUGGCAGUGAAGAAGACCACCAUCUCCCCCCACAGACCAAAAGGAGCAGUAGAAAUCCUGUCUUUCACGAUUCUUGGGACACAGAGUCUUCGAGCAGCGACGGCGGCGGCAGCAGCAGCAGCAGCAUCAGCAGCCCCGACAGGGCCAGCGGGCCGGAGAGCAGCUUGCACCACCUCGCCGCCGGGUCCGGCCCCCACACGCCGCAGCCCGCGCCCGCGCCAUCCGCGCUGUGCCCAGGCCCCUACUUCCACAUCAACCAGACCCUGAAGGAGGCCCACUUCCACAGCCUGCAGCACCGGGGCCGGCCUCCCUCGUGACGCCGCAGACUCUUGCCUUCUGUGAAGGGACAGCGCUAUGCGGAUUUGAUAUUUCAAGUUAGCGAUGUUUUAAAAAAAUUGCACAAAAAAAUGCCUGUUGGCUUUUCAAUCUAUAUUUGAGAUAACAGGUUAACAGGCUGUUGUUUACUUGUGGUUUUGCUGCACUAUUGCGAUUUCCAAGGGGCUCUGAAGCAGUUUUUUAUAGGAUUCUUUUAAGGGUGGGUAUCAAGGGAACCAUAGGAGGACACAUCAUCUGUGUGUUGAACCCAUAGUUUGUCCAGUUUAGACUGCUUUCCAGGUCUGUUAGUUAGAAAUUCUACUUUAUGUAAAAAGGCCUUUUAAAACUGCAGGAUCUUCAAUUUUUUAAAUAAACUAGUAAAGAGGA